CUUCGUUUCGUCCUAAGCCAGUAAAUUGAUUACAACGCACUCAAGACUGCACCCAAACCGCACACCGCACACACUUUGCACUAUGGCCCACGUUAGCAGGCAAGACGACAGCUAUCAUCAGCUCAUGGACCAAUCGGACCGUGGUAAUGGCACCUACCAACAAAAUGGCGGCCAUCUCGAGAAUGCGGGAAUUACCCCGGCACCGCAACGGCCGGUCUUAAAAUUGUCGGACAAGAUCUCCUUCGUUGCUAUUCUGGUCAUGCAGCUGUCCUACAUUGCCAUAAUUAUCAUGAUAGCAAUGAAGUGGAAGGGUUGGGAUAAAGAAGCAACAACCGAUAAGAUAUGGGUGAUUGGAGGUGCUAUAGUCCUCGUACUUUCAGUGGUGUAUCAAGUCCGCUUCUUUCGUCUCUGGCGCAAAUCUAGGAAAGGCAUUCGGGCAUAA